AUGGACGGGGCACAAGAGGAUAUCUCGACAGCUAUAUUCGACAUCACCCACGCCUGUCUCCAAUCCUUUGAUCAAGUCGUGGCCGACAAUGAUGACUCGCUGCUCACACAACCUUUGGUUUCACCUGAUGGUACCACCAUUGGUAGCAACCGAAAACUAUCCACUUAUGAUUUCCUCGGUCUUCGCAAUAGUUUCUUGUUCUGGAUCGACUAUACCGGAGCGCUGUCGCUGAUGAGCUCCUCACUGGACGCCAGGUUACAGGGGCUGGAAGACAUAUCCGCCAUGGUAGUCGAGUUGUUGGAAAUGAUCCUGCGGAAUUUACAUCGUAGUGAGUUUUGUCAUCGUCAAUCUGAUAUACGCACCGGAAAGAAAGCAUCCGCUAAACAACUCGGUCAUUCGGUGACUACUUUUGUCACCGACGAAGACAUUGUCUUUCGCAGGGACAUCGCAUCUUGGGUCCGCUACAGGUUCCCGGCCGCUCGCAGGGGGCUCUGUCAACAAUUGGGCGACUCCAUAGCGAUCCGACGUCGGAUACUGCUACAAACUGAACGCCACGCAAAGAGACUCGCCGCCAGGCGCGAGCCUGGUAAGAUGCCUUCUGCCAAGCAGCAUGAUAGCAAACAUCCGAAUCCUCAGCCAGAGAUGAAGCAGAAAGUCGACAAUAGGGCAGCUCGUCACCCAAGCGUCCUAGCUAGCGGGGUCACGAAGGCUUCUCGGCCGGAUCCUCACUCGCCGGCGCUUCAGAUUCUUCACCGUCCCAAGAAAAGAGCUCUCACGACAGUAAUAAGCACUAUAUCAACGAGUCAAGAGGAUAAAUUCGAGUACCCACCAAUACCAGAAGUGAGUGGAGGUGAGACACGGAUCCAAUGCCCCUUUUGUUUCAGGCCCUUGGAAUGCAAAGAGCUGGAGACGAGAGACGACCACUGGAAACAUCACAUUGACGAACAUCUCAAGCCCUACGGCUGUCCGUUCUCCGAAUGUGCAGAGUCCCAGCUCUUUUUUACGCACCGCAACCAAUGGAAGACUCAUAUGGAAUCUGCUCAUUCGAAAGACUGGCUUCGUAAUGUUCAUACCAUCGUCUGGUAUUGCGACAUUGACCACGAUGCCCCGGAGACCUUCGAAACCGAGUUGCAAUGGAGAGAGCACAUGCAAAACCUCGAUUCUCAUCCGAAUAGAAAGCUGAAGACGCCCAGUCAGGCACAGCUUGACGCACUCUCUCCCAGGAAACAACAGGCCGCUCUCCGCGACAAGUUCGUCUGCCCCCUCUGUGAACAAAUCCCCGAGAAAAUACGACCCCUCGUAGAAAAGGGACAAGGAGAUCCGUCAGAAAUGUACGCUUUCGCGGUUGAUCACGUCGCAAACCACUUGAAGUCACUGUCCCUGAUGGCUGUGCCAUCCUUUAACACCACCGUCCCAGAGACCCCUGGAGCAUUUGGGAGGUCGGUGUUCUUGAUGAGCGACUCAUUUAAGAGACCGAUGCGUGAGAACUCUGUUCCUCAACCACCUAGCGGGCAAGAAUAUCUUGACGGUAUUUCUCUUCCCCCAGAGACAUGGUCCAACUUGGAUCAAGACGCCAUGGCUCUUGUCGCGCCCUCUGGUCAGAACUCAGUCUGGGAUAAGGAAUACCUCGACUAUAAGCAGCCAGAGGACCUGCCAAAGCCAUUAGAGCAAGAGUGGUUCGGAGGCUGGAAAUCAUGGAGGAGUGAGAAUGACCCUUUCCCUUUACAAGAUUCUCAAUCAGAUCCAAUCUUGGUGCAUCUCAUCAAAGCAAAGAAUGCUAGUACCACGCACUUGUCCAUACAAGAACCAACUUUGGACCAGUUCGACAUUGACGAAAAAGAUGAAACUGGUCGGACGGCGCUCUCGUUCGCAGCUGAAAUUGGGGACAUUGAAGCUAUUCAGCGGCUCCUGAAGAAGGGCGCAGGCUUGGAGGUAGCGGAUGAAGACGGCCAUGCACCAUUGCUGUGGGCAGCCUCAAAUGGACAUGAGGCAACUGUUCGAUUGCUUCUUGAUGCGGGCGCACGCGCCGACGCAGCGGAUCAGAUAUACGGUCGAACGCCCUUGUCCUGGGCAGCUUCAAAGGGCCAUGAAGCUGUCGUACGGCUACUUCUCGAAAGAGGCGCGGAAGUCGACGCAGCUGAUAACUCUCGCCGCACGCCUCUCUCAUGGGCGGCCUCUCGGGGCCAGGAGGCUACGGUGCUACUGCUCAUGCAGAACGGCGCAGAUAUCGAGUCUUCCGACCCCAAGUACGGCCACACACCACUUUCAUGGGCGGCCGUAAGAGGACACGAAGCCACUGUAAGACUUCUUCUUGAGCAUGGCGUCAAGGUCAAUACUACUGACCGGGAACAUGGGCGGACACCACUGUCUUGGGCGGCUGAAAACGGGCACGAGGCUAUUGUGCGGAGGCUGCUCUCCUAUGGAGGAGACAUUGAGGCUACCGAUCGGGAUUCUUUGCAGACUCCGCUCAUGUUUGCUGCCGAGAACGGACACGAGGGAACUGUCAGGCUGCUUCUGGAGCUGGGAGCCCUUCUUGACGCGAAGGACCUGCAAGGAUGGACAGCGCUGUCAUGGGCGACUGAUGGAGGCUAUGGUGAUGUUACGCACUUGUUAUGCUCGCUGGGCGCCCGAGACACACGAGCUUAA